AGGUCUUUGUUUCAGUAGUAGUUAAGGAAUGUGAGUUGCAACAAAACCAUAGUCCAAACACCUAAUUUUAGAUAAGGAAACUGACACAGAUUAAGUCACCUACUCCUGGACACAUGCAGUUAUCUAUAAAGACCUAAUCUUUAGUUUUCUUCAGCUGAGUUAGUUGAUGGUUCUACUGUACCGGGAUGGUAAUGGCUAUUUUAUAAUAAAACCUGGAUAACAAAAUCUAGUCGUUUUCUUUAUGUGUAGGAAAAGAACAUAUACUUUGAAUACCUUCUCAUUACAGAAAAAAUGCUGCUGUGAAGACAUAACUAUAGCUCUCACACAACUAUCAUGAUUUAGUGCCCCCCAAAGGAAGAACUUAAGUGGACAAGAGAGGGCAUUUCUGGGAAUGGUAGAAUGCUUGAGGCCUGAAUUUAAAUUUGAGCUACUACCUGAAGCUAUUAAAUAAUAGAAGAAAAUGGAAUUGAAUAUACCAGCAUGGAACAAUCUAAUGAUUCGCUAAGAGUCAACCAUAAUGAUUCUGAAGAAUCAGAAACAGAUUCUCAGGUAUAUGAGCAUCUAACCUGUAUGGACUCCAGGGAUCCUUCCUUUGGACAGAAUGGUUCUCCUAGAGUUUUACCCAUCACCUCUCAUGAAGCAGAUAAUUCACUCACAUCACAGAAUAUACCAGGGGCCCUGACUCAGACACAGACUCUUUCUGCAGAACACUUCCAUCUAGUGGACCAAAAUGAGCAGCCUAUUCAAUAUGAACUCCAGUCAUUGGGGGAUUCUAAUGCACAAAUGAUGAUUGUUGCCAACCCGUCAGAAAAUGGACAGGUGCUACGUGUAAUUCCAUCUACCCAGACAGGAAUGGCACAAGUGAUUAUACCUCAGGGGCAGCUUGUGGAUGUGAAUAGUCCUCGGGAUGUCUCUGAAGAGAAACCCAGUGAUAGAAAUUUACCAACUGUAAGAGUGGAUGUUCUAGCGGAUAAUACCAGUAAUUACACUCUUCAUCCACAAGCAUCUGUCACAUUACCCAAAAAGACAGUGGCCAGAAUGCUUGAAGAACCGUUUCUGGCUCCUCUCCAGCCACUUUCUUCUAAUACACCUAUGUGGGCCUGCCGUCUUAGGAGCUGUGAGAAAAUUGGAGAUUCAUACCGUGGCUACUGUGUAAGUGAGACUGAAUUAGAAAGUGUCCUAACAUUUCAUAAGCAGCAAACACAGAGUGUUUGGGGGACCCGCCAAUCUCCAAGCCCAGCCAAGCCAGCUACACGCUUGAUGUGGAAAUCUCAGUAUGUCCCAUAUGAUGGAAUCCCAUUUGUCAAUGCAGGGAGUAGAGCCGUGGUAAUGGAGUGUCAGUAUGGGCCAAGAAGAAAAGGUUUCCAGUUAAAAAAAAUCAGUGAGCAGGAGAGCAGGUCUUGUCAGCUCUACAAAGCCACUUGUCCAGCCCGGAUUUACAUUAAAAAAGUACAGAAGUUUCCUGAAUAUAGAGUUCCCACAGACCCCAAAAUUGACAAGAAAAUAAUCCGAAUGGAGCAGGAAAAAGCCUUUAACAUGCUAAAGAAGAACUUGGUAGAUGCUGGCGGUGUUCUUAGGUGGUAUGUCCAGUUACCUACAAAGCAAGCUCAUCAGUAUCAUGAAUUAGAGACUUCCUGCCUCCCUUUGCCACCUUCCCCUUUUCCUAUGUCUUCUCUUGAAGAAGAGGAAACAGCAAUUAGGGAUGAGAAUUGUGCAUUACCCUCACGUCUGCAUCCUCAAGUAGCACAUAAGAUUCAAGAAUUAGUGUCACAGGGAAUAGAACAAGUAUAUGCAGUAAGGAAACAGCUAAGAAAAUUUGUAGAAAGAGAACUAUUUAAACCUGAUGAGGUGCCUGAGAGACAUAAUUUAUCCUUUUUUCCAACUGUAAAUGAUAUUAAAAAUCACAUCCAUGAGGUACAGAAAUCCUUGAGAAAUGGAGAUAAUGUGUAUAACUCAGAGAUUAUUCCAGCAACGCUUCAAUGGACUACAGAUAAUGGGCAUAUUCUCAGAGAGACUGUGACAGUUACAUUUGCAGAAGGAAAUUCACCAGGGGAAUCAAUUAACACCAAAGUGGAAACAAAUCAGACAACGGGUUCUUUGUCUCCAGAGCCAGCCCACUUGCUUUCUUCACUUUCCUCAUUUCAACCAAAAAUAUUUACACAACUACAGGGUUUGCAGUUGCAACCAAGAUUCACUUCUCCUGAUGGAUCAACGGCUCCGGUAUCAGUAAAUAACCACCCUUCCUCCAGUCCUUCAAGACUUCUGGAUUCAUUAGAAAGUACUGUAAUGAAUAAUAAUUCUCUACUGCUUGGUCAAAGUCAUAGUCUUCAAACAGAUACAUGCCUAACCCCAAACAAUAGCAUUAUUGCCUCUACCAUGGGUAGCCUUCCGGGACCAGAUCAAAAUCUGGCUGCAGUGGACCAGCUGGUGGAAGUUGGAGAUGUUGAGGAUACAGAGAAUAUGGAAGGAAGUGUUCAUCAGAUUCUGCUGGGAAAUGUGCAGACCAUCCCAAUACAGAUUAUAGAUAGCCACCCAGCUAUUAUUGAAGAAAAUCCAGAAGGUACCAUUUCUGUGAGCCAAGUUAAGCAAGAACCCAAAGAACCAGCAUUGUCUAUGGAAGCAAAAAAAAAUUUGGACUGUAAGAAAUUAUCUGCCACAUAAAUUAUUGAAGCUUUUCAGAAUUUACAACUUGGGUAACUUCUGAUGUCAUAAAAAAGAAGGUGAAUAUUGUCAAAGUGCAGCAUUGUGAUAAAUGGACUGAAGACUAGUUCAAUGAGCAACUUUGAUUUAAAACUGAUAUGUUUGUUGCCAAGUCUAUAUUUUUGGAAGCUAUUUUAUUGCUCUCAUUUUGUAUAAUUCUUAUGCUUUUUGAUUAUCUGAUGAGGCCAGUAUUUCAAAAGAUCAUCUGAAUUUAUUCAUGACAAUAUAGUCUGAACACAAAUAGUUACCUAACUCAUCCCUUGGAAAUAUCCAAUUUGGGUUCUGAAAAGACAAAAACAACAAAAAAUAGUGUGUGAGUGUGUGUGUGUGUGUGACUGUAUGUAUGUGUGUUGACUUUUUUAAAAGUUAUAAAAGAACUUAUUUCCUCUUUAAAGUUGUGAAGAAAUUCUUUAUAUUAGCAGACAGGUGAGAGAUUAUUUGUAGUCUGUCGCAUUAGGAAAGAUAAAACAGUAGUAGAUUUGAAUCAUAACAUGAAGCCCAGCAUUCACAUCUGUGGAAACUGUAGUUGCAAUUUGGCUUCUUCCAUUAUAGUUUUUAUACCUAAAACUACAAACCAAUAGCAUACUAAUGAUCAUCUAAUAGAAAUUUAAAGUGUCUUGGUAAGUACUCAGAAUUUUAAUUUGAAUUAAUCAGAUAAGCAACAGAAAUAAAUGUAUAUUGCAUGGGUUUAUAUAGUAUUGUAGGUAAAGCACUACUUAUGGAUAGGAAAAUGUAGAAAUUGAGAGAAUUCAGAAAGAAUAAUAGACUUCCCCUGGUGUUUACAGAUGAUUUGGGGGACUUUUUGAUAUCAGCAGAGGAUUUUUUUUUCCUAUUUUGUAUUGAAGAUUCAGCUCUGGAUGGAAAGGAAUUUGAGUUGUAUUUAUUUUUCUAUGCCAGAGUUCUUACUGAAUUGGUGGUAUUAGAAUUUAUAGUAUUUCAAGGUAAGUAUUUGUAGUUAAAAAAUUAGUUCAUAUUUAAAACUUUAAAACAACUAUGUGUACAUAUGUUUGCUUGUUGAGUAAGUAUAUUUACUCCAAAUACUGAAUAGGUACUGAUCACUAUAUUCAUUGUAAGCUUCUGUUUUCUGGAAGGUUGAUAAACUAGAAAUGUCUAUUAUAAAUGGUCAAGAAGUCAAUGUAAAGGCUUUUUUUCACCCCAGGGACCAUGUGUGGGUAUAUUUAAAAUUUUAUUUUAAAGUAAUAAGGAUUUCAAAUGGAUAUUAAUGUUUAAUAUUCAAUGCAUAAUGAAAUAUAAUAUGAAAUUUAACCUUAAUAUUUUAUAUGAAUAUGAGUCAUUUUGGGCUUUCUAAGUCCAGUCUCCCAUUCUUAAUUCACUUUAAUUGUUGCAGGUACACAGCAUGUAUCUAAGUAUAAAGCAUUGUUAUAUUAGAAGUGAGUGGAACUCUAAUAAAAGACCUUGCUCUUUAGAUUUAUACCCUAUUUAAUAUAAAAUGUAUUAUUUAUACCCCUAUUAAUGCAAAGUUAAUAUUCAAUUACAUAUAUGAUUUUUAGUUAGAAUAGCUAAUUAUUCUAAGAUUUGAAAAUAUUUGAUGUCCACAUUUUCACACAGGCUGCCAAAUCUGAUUAUGUUACUCUAAGUUAAACACAGCUCUUAGUUACCUCAAACCCAGAUUUCUCUUAGUCUGUGUGUACUUAAAGGGUAUAAGUCUAAAUUUAUAGUUUAGUAUUACAUUUUAGGUAAUAUUCUUUUCAUUUGUUAUUUCUAGUUUUUAUGGAAAUUGUUUUCAAGAUUUUAAGUAAUCUUCACUUUUCAUUAAUGGCAAUAGCUUAUUAAAUAUUUUACCAAUUGAACCAUAUUCCUUUGGAGACAUUCUUUUCUUUUUUGAUGUUGAGUUGUUAAGGAGAAAUGCUUGUUAAGAUACAAACUCUAGUGAGUUACCUACGAGGAUGAGAGAUGUUAGAGGAUUCAGACUUUGGCACUUGAUCAAGAACAAAACAUAGUUGAAAAAUAUUUCUCUCACUUCAUUCUAUGUGAAUGUCUCUUUCUGGUACUGAUUUUUGUUUUUGUUUUUGUUUUUAUUUUUGUUUUUUAUGAGGACAGAAAGUCACAGUGCAUCCUCCUCACAAACAAAAAGCAAAAUUAAAAAAGAGCAUUGAAGGAAGGUUUAAGUCCCUAAUUGUAUACUCUUUUGGUUUUUAGGUAGAAACUGGAACUAUCAAUAUUUUCAUGUAAGUAUUUCAAUGAGUAGCUCUUUAAAAAUAGUUUCUAAAUUUUUAAAAAUUCAUUUGUCCUCUAAAUGCAUGUUCAGUCGCAAUAUACCAGUAUUGUAUUUUAAAGGUGCUUAGCAUCGCUUUUUAAUAAGUAUGUUUACAUAUUUUAAAUAUUCAAUUAUUUUUUAAAUGCACAGGGUAUUAAAUACAAGUGCAUAAAAUUUUCAGUAUCUGUAUUUGGCAUUCUCCUAACAGCUCCACAGCAAACUUUGAUAUGUGCUCUUUUGUGUCGUGUAUUACAAGGUGUAAUAUCUGUAGUAGUGAGUUGGACAUUCAAAAUAAGCAGUUAGAAAUUCAUGAUUACAGCUGAGCUUUUUUCAUCAUUGUGGUUUUCAUGUUCCAAAGCCUCCCAGUGAACUUUAUAUAUACUACAGUGAAUUAAAGAUAAAUACCACCAUGGUGGGCUUUUUCCUCAAUAUUGAUUUUCUCCAUAAGCAGUUAACAUGCUUAAAAGAAAAAGCUUUUAUACAAAGUACCUUAUCUUAUCCAAGGUAAAUGUUUUCUAAAAGUCACAAAAUAAUAGAAAACAGAUUUUAGAAGCUGGUCCUGCUUCUGAGUUUCUGAUUUUGAGGCCCACCAGCUUGUGUUUCAUUUUUACAUCCUGUCAAAAUACAUACUUAAUCAUGUGAGUAUGUGAAAGAUGUCAUUUAAUUUGUACCAGGUUUUUUAAAAAGUUUUAAAAUGUGUGUAUAUAUAUAUAUAUUGUAACUUAAUGUAUAGUGUCCUUGUUAUAAUGUAAUUUUUUUCAUUAAAAGUCCUAUGUUAUUUUUUUCUUAAACUUGUUAGUUUUCUUUUUAUACUUUUUCUGGGGAUAGUGGUAGUUUUGUUCAUCUUAAAGCUGUUGAAUAAACAC